AUGGCAACCUUGGAUGGUUUUCCCGCCAGUUUCUAUGGGGAGCCGGGGGUGUUGGGUAUGUUGGCCAAUGGGAUCAGUGCGUUCCUGGUUCUACUGCAGAACUUCAACACAGCUAGAACCGGAGUAUCUGCCGAGGGGGUGGAGAACAUUCUGGCAGGUGUCCAUCUCAUCCUGAUAGGUGGAGUGUGUCAGCUGAUUGCCGGACUCCUGUCGUUCCGUAAAUACGACCACCUGAGUGGCACAGCCUUCAUUGGCUAUGCAGCUCUCUGGGGCAGCUAUGGUGCCACACGCAUCUUCCUGGGUGCAUCCCAACCAAUCACAACUAACCUGACCAUAUCACAUGACCUGAUGAAUAACACGACCCCGCUCACUGCCCUCACGACCAACCUAUCCCUGUCGGCUGAACUCUGGAACAGCACCUCGCAGAGUCCUGAUUGGCUGUCUCUCCUGCUCAUCCCCCAGUCUGCCAUCGCGGGAUUGGUCCCCUACAUCCUUCUAUCCUUCCUAUUGGCCUUCUGCUCUGCCACGGUAAACGUCAUCAUGCCCUUUGUGUUCGGUGCCAUCACGCUGACCCUGCUGUUUGAGGCUGUGGCGGUGGGCGUGUCCUCGGCCUGGCCACUGGUCGUCUCUGGCAUUCUAGAACUCCUCAUCCUCCUUUUCGCCGUGUACGGCAGCGCCGCCCUGCUGCCCUGCGGCCAGCGCCAGAGCCUGGGACAGGAGAAGAAGAAGAACACCAAGUACGCUGAACCUCAGGCGCUCUUCUUCUUCUGUGACACGGUGUCUCCCUUCAUCAUGUUGUUCUACAGCUUUGGAUACGUCACGUCCUUCUCCCUGGGUGCUGUGUGGGUCUCCAUCAUCUCUGCUGCUCAACUCCUCUCUAGCUACUACGCUCACCUGCGGCAAGAUGGCUACCUGGUCACCAAGGCCGGCCUGCAUGCCACCUACUGGCUUACCAAGGCGUGGGAGGAGUUUGUGUUGUCGGCUGUGAUCGUGUCGGAGCCGGAGGGAGAGGUGGCUACUGGGAGACAGGCGAUGGUUGGUGAUUGGUUCUUCGUGGCGGUGGCGCUCCUCCUCCUGGUUGUCAGUCUGAGUAAUGACACCCUGGAGGUGACCCAUAAUGCUCUGUUCCUGCUGCUGUCCGUCUCCACGGUCCCCCAGAUCCCCCUCCAGGGGUACUAUGUGUUCUUCGGGGUGUCCUGUUCCCUGUUCGCCUCCGCUUCGCUCUACGGGACAUUUUGCCGCCUGAUCAACUCUAUCGCUGAGAAGAGUCUGAUCCCGGUGGGUCCUCAGCCCAUCUCCUCCGACCGUCUCCUCUCCUUCCUGUCCUGCUUUCGCUCCCCGAGGAAACUCCAGGGGGCGCUGCCUUCAUCAUCAUCAUCAGCAUCAUCCCUGACCAAUCAGAUCCCUGACGCUCUGUUCUACCUGACCAACGGCGUGGCCGCUCUCUCGGCGCUCCACGCGGCCUCAUCCAGUCAGAGUGUGUCCUUCCUGCGUCUGAGUGUUCCCUGGGUUCUGGUAUCUGGAGCAGUGGUGCAGGGGUUCGUCAGCAGGCUGCAGGUCAGAGGAGGACAGAGGUUUGGCUCCGUCAUCCCAUCCUUCUACCUGUCUGUCUGGGCCACCUGGACAUGGUAUCGCUUCGCAGGCCCCUUGCUGCAGAUCUCUCCAGUAGGAUCCUAUGGGUUUACAGCUGGAGCCAUCGCUUUCCUGGUCAUCAACGCUUUCCUCAUGCUCAUCGCUGCGUAUGGUAACCUGGUCCUCUUGUCUCUGACCGUGGUCAUGGAGGCGGUUCUGGUGUGUUUCCUCCUGUCCACUCUGCAACAGCUCCCCUACCAGCUGGAGAUUGCCAUGCUAGCUGUGUUCUCUGUCGUCUGUCUAUAUGGAACCCUGGCAUCACUGGUCAACGGUGCCUUCCGCCAGAGUGUGAUGCCCAUGGGGCCUCCACUGGUUAAGGAUGUGAAUCAGCAGCAGAAGUCCUCCCCUGCCCUGCCUUGUCCCGUGGCAGACUCCAGACUGACCAGCGGUCUUCUGAAGAUCUCCAGACUGCUGGACGACGGGGGUCUGUGGAAUCCCCACCGAUACGGUCUACGCCCUGGCCGCAUCCUUGUGGAGCAGCUGGUGGCAGCCAAGCCCCCAUUCAGCUCUCUACUCUGGGAAUUCAUGAGGAACGUCUACCCUGGAGGGAUCAGCUGCAUCGUCAGCAAGGGAGACUGGCUACUCAGACUGGGUGUGGGUCCGGCCUACGACCGCGUGGGGACCAAUGAUAGCAUCAUGAUCCGAGUCCCUGACCACACCGUCACAGGACACCUGUGUGACAUCACCGGACCACUUGCCAUCACCUCAGCCAAUCCCAGUGGAGAACCCGACAGCACGCACCACGACAUGGUCAUCAGUCGGCUUGGCCAUAAGAUCCAGGGGGUUCUGUGUGACGGGGAUUCCAACGAGAUCGUAGCCUCAACGGUGGUGAACUGCCUCAAGAUAGAUGAAGGCACGAUUAGUAUCGUGAGGGAAGGCUGCGUCCCGGCGGUGAAGGUCCGACAGAUCUUUGAGAGGGUGAAGACCAGUAUGUCGUGA